CAGAUCACCUGUAGAGACAUUGAGUAUUUGCUGGAGUUAAACGGAAGUCUGCUGGGAGAUAGCCAGGCCCUGUUUGAGAUCUCUUCCUAUUGGACAAGCAUGACGUACUUUGAGAUUCCUCUCCCCUGCGGUUCAUCCUACUGGGCUACAGUGGAGAGUAGGAACACUGGUGGUACCAGCCAACCCUCUGUGCCGCUCAGUGGUACAACAGCUCCAUGUCCACCAAUAGCAGUGGAGUACAGUGGUAACAACACCUUUGCCACAGUUUCAUGGAACACGUCAGUGUUUGCCACCUCAUACACCGUGUACGACAACAGUGUGACGCCCAGAUUUCAGCUGUGCAGCACUGCAGGACUGUCCUGUUCUCUGCACAACAUCACAUCCACUGACCUGGUGAUAACAGCCAGCAACACAGCUGGGGACAGUAAAGAGACAAGUGUGCCAAUCGCAGGUUCCUCAGGUCGCAGAAGAAGAGAUCUAAGUGGGCACUCCCUAGAAAAUGGAGGCCUCCCAGCUCCAGUACUAAAUGUCAAACAAGCACUGCCUACAUUUAUUUUCCUGGAGUGGUCUCCAGUUGAAGCUGCCUCCCAGUACAGCCUGCUCAUCAGGAAGCAGGACAGCUCCAGAGAGUCAGAGGAGAUAACGGUGCAGGGCGAGAGCAUCAUUCUCACUGAUCUGAUUCCAAACUCGGCCUACUGUUUCUCCGUGUCGGCCGAGUACACUGCAACUAGUGGACCUGAGUCGGAGCCUGUGUGUGUGCAAACAGCACAGGAUCUGUCCCAAUAGGAAAACACUUGUGUAGACACAGCUAGGGGUCUGCAAACGUCUCAGGACUCAAAUGUGGGGAUAACUGUCAAGGUGGCAGCAUUGUCAACAUAUGAGAAUGGCAAAUUGUUUACCAUUUACCAAAUAACAAUAACUUUAGUUGUGUAACCUUGUUAAGAUUUCAUGUAACAUAUUUUGAUAUAACACAGGAAUUAGCAUGGGUUACAUAUAUUUACACUUAUGAGGUAUGACUAACACAUAUUCCACACAGCUCAUGACCAAAGGGUUUUUAAGUUUAUCUAUUCUAUACUGUGUAAAAAACAUAUUAUCAUUUGCCUACUGUUGAAGUUACAUAUUUUAUAUCUGGGGGUUUGUUCCAUUUCAUAUAGUGUUGCCUGUGUAUUUUGUAUGGAAGCUAUGUUCAGACUACAUUCUAAUAAAACUAUCCAAAGAUAUUAUUUGAAUUCA